AUGGUGAGCGCCACCACGGACGUCGCCCUGCGUGGAAACGAGGAGGGUCUAGGAUGGAUUGUCCAGAAGUUUGGUGGGACAAGUGUUGGCAAGUUUCCUGACAAGAUUGCCCGUGAUAUUGUCAAGGCGAGUUUGGCUGGAAACAGAGUGGUUGUCGUGUGUUCAGCGAGAAGCACAGGCAAGAAGGCAGAAGGCACCACAAGCAGACUCCUAGGCGUGUACGAGAAGCUGCGUGCCGUCAACACGGCUGGUGCCAGUAACGAGGACCAGCAGCUGCUCAUAGAUGAGGCCAACCUGCUCAUCGUCAACGUUUGCAACGACCACAUAUUUGCCGCCGAGUCCUUUGUCCCAGAGACUAGCAAUCUCCGGUCCAAUCUGAUCGAGUGUAUCAAGGCUGAGUGCCAGGAGCUGAGCGAGUACAUUGUCGCCGCGAAACGCUUCAACCUUGAGAUCAAUGCCCGGUCCAAGGAUCGCGUGGUGAGCUUUGGCGAGAAGCUCAGCUGCUUGUUCAUGACCGCCCUCCUCAAGGGCACCGGCGUGGACGCCGAAUACGUGGAUCUCUCCGACAUCUUCCACAAUGACACAGCCAGCGCGCUUGGGCAGCAAUUCUACUCAAUGGCCGCGGCGGCGUUCGCCUACAGGGUGGCACGGUGCGGAACGCGGAUCCCCGUGGUCACGGGCUUCUUUGGAAACGUACCGGGAAGUCUGAUGGAAGGCGACAUUGGGCGAGGCUACACAGAUCUGUGCGCUGCGCUGUUUGCGGUUGGGCUUGAGGCACAGGAGCUGCAGAUCUGGAAGGAGGUGGACGGUAUCUUCACGGCCGACCCGACCAAGGUGCCCACGGCCAGUCUGCUGACAAGUAUCACGCCCUCGGAAGCGGCCGAGCUGACCUUUUAUGGCUCCGAAGUCAUCCACCACCUCACCAUGGACCAGGUCAUCCACGCCGAGCCCCCGAUCCCGAUCCGCAUAAAGAACGUCAACAACCCUCGGGGCAACGGCACCCUGGUUGUCCCCCGGCCGCAGCAGGCCCGGAAACAGCACACGCGGGAGCCCUCCCUCCUCACACCAGGUUCGCCGCCUCGUCCACCCAAGCGGCCCACCGCCGUCACGAUCAAGGACAACAUCAGCAUCAUCAACAUCCACAGCAACAAGAGGUCCAUCUCGCACGGCUUCUUUGCGCGCGUCUUCAAGAUCCUCGACCAGCACUCUGUCUCUGUCGAUCUCAUCUCUACCAGUGAGGUCCACGUCUCCCUGGCGAUCCACUCGGGCAGUCUGCAGCUCGAGCACAUCUCGGCCGCCCAGAGGGAACUCGAGGAGUGCGGCGAGGUCACCAUACAUACCAACAUGUCCAUUCUGAGUCUUGUCGGUGCGGACAUGCGGCAGAUGGUCGGUAUUGCCGGCCGGAUGUUCUCCGUGCUCGGUGAACACCAGAUCAACCUCGAGAUGAUUUCGCAAGGCGCGAGCGAGAUUAACAUAUCGUGCGUCAUCGAUGCGAUGGAUGCCACUAGGGCGAUGAACGUCCUCCAUACGCAUCUUUUUACCUUCUUGGACGACUGA